AUGUCGUUGCAAUCUGAGGAUACAAGCAAAAUAACCCAGUUCGUUAAGGCAGUCCAAAAGCUCGUAUUUGGCAAUCCGGAUCGUUGGUCUCUGGCCUCAGACACCGUUCCCUUUCUUGAAUAUCUAGAGGAGGAUCCCGAGGGUCAUUUCGGAACGAUCGUGAUGGACUUUAUGGACACCCCAGAGGAACUGAAUUCGAUGCUUGUGAACACGAAUGUACGCUAG